AUGAAUGAGCUUAAUGGGACAAUACCAUCUUGGUUAUAUUCCCUUCCAUCUUUACAAUAUUUAGAUCUAACUUCCAACAAAUUCAGUGGUAGCAUUCAGGAAUUCCAACAUAAUUCUUUGGAGUAUCUUUCUUUAUAUUCUAAUAACUUACAAGGCUCUUUCCCAAGAUCAAUUUUUCAGCAAGUCAAUCUCACGAAUUUGCUUCUCUCCUCAAAUAACUUGAGUGACGCCUUGCAGUUUGACCACUUUUCAAAGUUAAAAAAGCUCCAAGUUCUUGAUCUUUCUAAUAAUAGCUUAUCACUGGUAUCUAUUAGUAAUAAUAAUGAUACCUUGCCCAAUACUCUUUUUGAAUUAUAUUUGUCUUCAUGUGGAAUAAGUGAGUUCCCAUACUCCUUAAGAAGCUUAGAAAAUUUAGUAUACUUGGAUCUCUCCAACAAUCAAAUUGAAGGCAGUGUUCCCAAAUGGCUGUGGAAUGUGGGUAAGGAUUCAUUGGAAUUCCUAGAUAUUUCUCACAACUCUUUAACGCAAAUAGAUCAGAUUCCAUGGAAGAAUCUAAAAUACAUUAACCUCCGCUCCAACCGACUUCAAGGUCAUCUUCCAAUCCCACCACCUACAACGGAAAUAUCACAUUUGAUUUGCAAUCUCAGUGAGCUUCUAGUCCUUGAUUUGUCAAAUAACAAUUUGAGUGGGAACAUUCCUCAAUGCUUAGGAAAUUCAAGUCUCUAUGUGCUAGAUUUGCACAAGAAUAAGCUUCAUGGCAUCAUUCCUUCACAUUUUGCAAAGGGAAACUACCUACAUGUUUUGAAUCUCAACGAAAAUCAAUUGGAAGGGUCCUUACCAAAGUCUUUGCUCAAUUGUGAAUGGUUGGAAUUUUUAGAUAUUGGAAACAACAAGAUAAAUGGAUCAUUUCCCUGGUGGUUGGAAUCUCUUCUGAAUCUUCAAGUUCUUAUCUUGAGAUCUAAUAGAUUUCAAGGUCCAAUAGGCAAUCCCAAGGUGAGACAUCCCUUUCACAAUUUGAGAAUUAUGGAUCUCUCAGGCAAUGAAUUCACUGGUCAUUUGCCGCAAAAGUAUUUUAAGAAUUUUGUGGGAAUGAUGAAUGCUACUUCAGAUGACUUGAGAUACAUGCAAGCAAAUCUAUAUGGUAGUUACUAUGAAAUCAUUUCGUUGACAAUAAAAGGAUAUUAUGCUGAGUUAGAGAAAAUCCAAACCAUGCUUAUGGUCAUUGACUUCUCAAGAAAUAACUUCACAGGAGAGAUCCCAGAAUUGCUUGGUAAGCUCAACUCACUCAAAGGGCUCAAUUUUUCACAUAACAAGAUCUCUGGUAGUAUUCCACCAUCCUUGGGAAAUUUGACCAAUCUAGAAGGGUUAGAUCUCUCCUCGAACAAGCUUGUGGGGAAGAUUCCAUGGCAAUUGGCAGCAAAUCUAAAUCAACUCCAAUUUUUAAAUCUUUCUGUGAACCAAUUGGAGGGGCUUAUACCUCGCAGUCGACAAUUUGAUACAUUCACAAACGAUUCAUACAAAAAGAAUUUGGGCUUAUGUGGGUUUCCAAUUUCAGAAUCAUGCAACGAGAACACCACACACCAAUUUCAGCAAGAAGACGAUGAGGAGCAUGUGAAUGGAUUUGAUUGGAAAAUUGUGUUAAUGGGAUUUGGAAGUGGAAUGGUUAUUGGAAUUUCGGUGGGAUACAUGUUCCUUUCAGAUAAAAUCAUUGAUGGGCUUGUCAAAACAGUGAAAGGAGAACAAUGGCAUCUUUUGGCAAAAAGAUCAAAGCAGAAAAGGGCUCGUCCAAAUGUUGGAAAUUGA